AUGUGGAUUCUUCCCCUGAUCGGCUACGCGGGCGCCAUUGUCGGCUUUGGCUUCCUGACGCUCGCCAUCGCGUCGGGACUGUACUAUCUCUCCGAGCUCGUCGAGGAGCACACCGUCAUUGCCAAGCGCCUCCUUACGCGCACCAUCUACACCAUCAUCGGCGUCCAGGUCACGCUCUUAAUCGUCGACGGCUUUCCCUUUUGGGCCACGCUCCUCGGCAUCGUUUCGCACGUCGUGUACCUGGGCAACAUGCGCCGCUUCCCGUUUGUGAAGCUGUCGGAUCCUCUCUUCAUUCUCUCCUGCGUCCUCGUCCUUGUCGACCACUACGUCUGGUUCCGCCACUUUUCCGACUCGCAGACCGCCUCGUACCAGCGCGCCUCGUACUACGACGAUGUCGAGGUCCCGAGCUUCACCAUGAUUGCCUCGUACUUUGGCCUCUGCGUCUGGCUCGUCCCCUUUGCGCUCUUUGUGAGCCUCUCCGCCGGCGACAACGUCCUCCCGACCAUGGGCACCGAGCCCGCACACGACGGCGGCAGCGGCAGUGCUUUCAGCGCCAAGGCGAACAGGCCCCAGGGCAUGAUCAAAGCCGUUGUGGACUGGGCGCGCGAUACGAUCGGCGAGUUGGCGGGUGCGCGCAAAGAGAGCAGGUUCUAG